AUGCCGGAAGAUACACGGAAAACGUCUGUAUUGACAACUAUUGCCAAUUAUUUUGGUCUGAAAUCUGAUUCUCUCGCGUCUCUGUCUGAUCAACGCUCAUUAAAUAACUUUCUUGACGAUGCAAAUUGUCCAUUACUCUCAGCAAUACGUGGUCAGAAGAACUCCAUCGAUCUCUCGAAUGAAAUCAGGGUUACCGAAGGAACACAAUCUCUUGUUUUGUUUAAACUUCGUCCAGAUGUGAUCACAUCGGAUAAUGUUCAUACGAACAUAUUCUUAUCUUCAAUGGUUGAUUCACCACUGGAUUCGCUUUAUUAUGCGAUCAAAUCUGUAUUUACUCCCGCAUUACGUGAUAAUACGAAUAAAUCCAAUCCAGCUGUGAAUCAACAAAUCCAAACAUCAUUGAAUGAACUCGAACAAGUUCUCCGAUCAUCAGGAAAAAAAAGCUCGGGUAGUUCCUCUUCAUCCAUGGCAAUCAUAUCUCAUCCAAAAGAUGAAAUUAAUUAUUGGUUUGAUAUUGCAAGAAGUGCAUCGAGUAAAACAAACGAUCUCGAAAGAGCGAAAUCUUUUCUUCAAUUAUUCGAACCCGUGAAAGGAAACUUCGAAAAUUUGGAAAAUUUAACUUUAUUAGAACUCGUUGAUGUUGUGGAGAAAACUCAAGAUGUUUACGAUGAUGUAUGGAGACAAGUUGAAUAUGAUGAUUAUCCAGAGCAACGUAUGAACCAUUUAUUGAGUAUAACAUCGAAUGUGUUUGUUCAAUGUGUGCAAAAACAAUUAUCGGGUCUCGAAUUAUGGUCCGAGUCUGACCAAUCAAUAAAAACACGUGAAUAUCUACGUAAUGGUGUGAAUGUUUGUGAACGCUGGUCCUUCGCUGUUGAGCGAUUAACUGGUUUCUAUUGGAAAAAUUAUCCUCCACAUCCAUGGAAAGGUGAAACAUUCAAAGCGACAUAUUUAGUUCAAUUUCGAAAACGGCUAAGUGAAAUUCUGACAAUUCGCUCAUCGUAUGAUCAAUCUUCGCAAAUUCAUUCAUCGAUGAACCCAUCUAAUGUUGUGUUCGCACCAUUUUUCAAUCUUAAUCCAAUACAAUUCAGUCCAUACACAGAUCCACAAUGGAAUUCUGCUGUAGAUCAAUUCGAAAACCUUAUGGCCAACACAGAUCGCGAAGUUGCUCGACAAUUACGCAGUCGGUUUCAUAAAACACAGUCGAAUCCGCACCAAAUAUUAGCGGAACUGAAACGUUACGUUGAUCUAAUGCAACGUGAUGUCAUUCGAAAAGAAUUAGCAACGGAAAGAGAAGCUGUUCUGGGACAAAUGGAAAACGACUUAAAAACUUUGACAGAUGAUUUUCAUCGUUUAGAUAGUGGAGGGAAAAAGUCGAGUUCGAAAGGAUCUACUCGAACACCAAUCGCUGCAUCAUUAGAUGCAAGUCGACACAUUGAAGCAAAGGUGAAUAACAUGAUUAACGAUGGAGAUAAAUUAUUAAGCGAUUUGCCAAGUUAUUCACGUAUGGUAUCAAUGGCGAAACAAUUGAAGCAAGAUAUUGGCAAUUGGAGAAAAGAUAAAUUCAAAGAAUGGUGUCAAGAUACUACACGAGCAAUUGAUGAUCCAUCGCAAACAUUAAGUCUUGAAACAACUGGUCGUUUAAUGGAAAUUGAUUCACAGGACGGAAAAUUGCGGGUACUCUAUGGUGAUCGACUGAUGACUUUACUCAAUGAAAUACGACAAUUAUCAUCACUUGGCUAUGAUGUUCCAUCGAAAAUUGUAAAAUGGAUCGAAGUCGGGAAGAAAUUUCAUCAGUAUGGUGUUGAACUCCAAGCUGUCGCACAUUUCUACAAUACAAUCGACUCGGAAAUGAUCCCAAGUCAACAACCAAUGAUGCUCGAUUUAGCGAAGAAUUUUGAACGUCUUGUUCGAGACCCAAAACUGUCCAAGUCUGGAAGUGGUGAUUCAAGUGUGAGAUUAACUUGGGAGAAUCCUGAACAACUAUCUCGGUACCUCACGACGCUUCGUGCUGCAGCGGAGAAAUUGAAAACUGAAAAUUUAAAAUUACGUCGUUAUCAUUCGACAAUUCAACAAAUCGUUUGUUCGUUGAUGAACACUGAUCUUUUACGCGAACGACAGAAAUGGGAAGAGCAAACGAAGGAAAUUCGAAAAAUCAUGGAUGAUCUGGUUAAUGAAGGUUACGCACCCGAAAAUAUGAAAUCGUGGCGAGCCUUUUGGGAUAGGCAGUUGUACAAAGCACUUGAUCUUCAAUAUUUCAUUGGUUUAAAAGCUUUAAAUGAAAAUCUACCGGAAAUCAAACUUGAUCUGAUCCUCGGUGACAGUUCACCUCAAUACAAACUAUCCGAAUCGAGAGACACGGAGUCGAAUAUGGGAGAGAUCAAAAGAACAUUUUACCGUGAAAUGAAACGAUUUUUAACAUUUCCAUUGAGUUACAAAGGUUGUCGAGAUUCGUCUUCGGCGUCAAAGAAAAAAUUAGUCUAUGAAACCAUUGUGCUAAGACACACAGAAGAUAUUACUGCAUGUUAUCAAGCUUCACACGAACUAUUCCGACGAUUAGAACGUGGACUUGAACAAUUUCAAGAAUGGACAGUCUUAGGACAAGUUGAUAUCGAAGAACUUGUUGAAAAAUACCUUUUAGAUGUCAGUGAUUGGGAGAAAAACUUUCGAAUUUUAAAAAUUCGCGGUCAAGAAGUUGACAAACUUCCCAAUGAAAUGCGUUACGAUUGUUUUCUUGUGAACACAACUCCUCUAAAACUCACAAUUGAAAACCAAAUUCGACGCUUGAAUGAUUCAAUGUUAACACAUUUAAAACGAUCGAUCACACGCGAUGCAGGAAGCAUCGAAUCAUUCGUUAAUGAAGGUUUAGAAGCUCUCAAAGAUCGUCCGCGCACUCACGAAGAGCUCGGUUCAUCGUACAAGAAAUACGAUGAAUUAAAAGUUCGACGUCAAGAGAUCUUUCCCUUAUACGAACGCAUCGAAUCAAAAAAUAAAUUAUUACGUUCAGUUGCUGGCGGAGGUCACGAACAAUUGAUUCCAUUACAAUUGAAAUUAGACAAGUUCGAGGGUAUGAUGGAUUCUCAUAUUCAGAUGAUUGGCGAACAAAAAGAUGUGUUGAAACGAAAUUUAAAAUCUCGUUAUGAGACAUUUUUGAAUGAAAGUGAGAAAUUGAAAUCCAAAUGGAAACAGAUUCGACCUCGCGAUCAAGAUAUGGAAGACGAGAAGAAAUGUCGAGAAUCGCUGAAAAUUGUUCGCGAGAGAGAAAAGGAAAUUCUGGACAUGGUCAAACAAAAGGAGAAAAUGAUUGAGGAAUUUCGCAAUUUCGGCAUGAAUGAACCCGUAUUUCAAGAUUUAGAUGACGUUUACAACGACAUUACUCGUAUUAAAAACGUUUGGGGUAUAUACGAAGAAUUUCAAGAAGAUUUAGAAGUCUUAGGAAAAGAAGAUUGGGUGACUUUUCGAAGUAAAACAUAUCAGUUCGAUGAAUUUCUUUCGCAUUGGCAAGAAAAACUAAAACAAUUAGCAGCAAAUGAAUCUUCAAAAUCAUCGAAAAAACAUUCGCCAAGUAGUAUGAAUGAACGUAUUCAACAAGAUAUCGAAAGUUAUCGUCUACUUGCACCUUUAUUCAAAUGGGUACGAGGCGAAACUCUUUCACCUGAUCAUUGGUUAGAAUUAUUUCGAAUAUUGAAAUUACCACGUGGAACUACCUUGGAAAAAUUGACAUUUGGAGAUAUUAUUCGAGCGAAAGAUGAAAUUAUGAACAAUUCCGGUCAAUUGAAGGAUUUAAAUGCACGUGCACAAGCUGAGCAUACGAUUCGAGAAGCUUUGUAUGAAUUGGAAAACUGGGGCGCUGGUGCGCAAUUUGUUUUGACUGACUAUGUUGAUACAAAACAACAGAAAAUACAAAUUAUCAAAGAUUGGAAAGAUUUAUUCACACAGAUUGGCGAUAAUCAAAGUCUUUUGUCUUCAUUGAAAGAUUCGCCGUACUAUAAAAAUUUCGAGGGUCAAGCACAAAUUUGGGAGCAAAGACUUGGCAUUCUUGAUGAAUGUCUUCAUCUUCUCAACCAAAUUCAACGAAAAUUUGUUUAUCUCGAGCCAAUUUUCGGUAGAGGUGCCUUACCAAAGGAACAAGGUCGAUUUCGUGGUGUUGACAAAGAAUUUCGUGAAAUUAUGUCUGAAAUUGCUUCGAAUCCUCGACUGGUCAUCUUUGCACAACGAAAAGAUCUAACAAAUAUGUUAAAAUCUAUGCUUGAUCAACUCGGUCGUUGUCAAAAAGCUCUGAAUGAACUGCUCGAAGAGAAACGUUCGAUCUUUCCUCGUUUUUACUUCAUCGGCGAUGAUGAUCUAUUAGAAAUCCUUGGUCAAUCCACCAAUCCAACAGUUAUUCAAACACAUUUGAAAAAACUAUUCGCUGGCAUUCACACAGUUCAAUUCGAUGGCUCCAAUCAAAACAUUCUCGCCAUGCGUUCAUUAGAUGGUGAACUUGUUCCAUUAACAAAGAAGAUUCAGGUUACAACAUCGGUUGAAGAAUGGCUAAAGGAAUUGUCGAAAGAGAUGGUGAAUACAUUACAACAGUUGAUAGUUAGCGCUCUACAAGACUCACGAAAACAAUUGGGACAAACUCCUGUUGAAAAAUAUCCUUCACAAAUAUCAUGUCUAGCUGAAUCAAUUACAUUCACUGAACGUUGUGAGGAAGCGAUCAAAAGCGGCCAUUUAGAUAAAUUUCAUGCGCAGAUUCAACAAGUCUUAGAGAAGUACACGAACGUCGAAGUGAACACCGACACAAUCGAAGGUGUUGUGACAGAUUUGAAAUACAAAGCAUUAAUUAUGGAUACAGUUCAUAACAUGGACGUUGUUCAACAGCUUCGCGACGGAAGAAUUCGCAAUAUCUACGAUUGGCUAUGGCAAAAACAACUAAGAUUCUAUUUAGAAAAUAACAAAGCCGUUAUUAAAAUGGUUGAUGCACAGUUCAAUUACACAUAUGAGUAUCAAGGCAAUGCACAAAAACUUGUUCAUACGCCGUUGACUGAUAAGUGUUAUUUGACGUUAACUCAAGGAAUGCAUAUGGGAUUUGGCGGAAAUCCGUAUGGACCAGCUGGAACAGGAAAAACUGAAUCGGUGAAAGCGCUGGGAUCAACAUUUGGUCGUCAAGUGUUGGUUUUCAAUUGUGAUGAGGGUAUUGAUGUAAAAUCGAUCGGUCGAAUAUUUAUUGGUAUUUGUAAAUCUGAUGCUUGGGGUUGUUUCGAUGAAUUCAAUCGUUUGGACGAAGCUGUUCUAUCAGCUGUAUCAAUGCAAAUUCAAGUUAUUCAAGAUGCACUUAAAAGUGGCGCACCGACAUUGACAUUACUCGAUCGAAAAAUUGAAAUCAACCCAAAUUCAGGCAUUUUCGUCACAUUGAAUCCAGCAGGUAAAGGCUAUGGUGGCCGAUCAAAACUACCCGAUAAUUUAAAGCAACUAUUUCGACCUGUGGCCAUGUCCAAACCAAAUAACGAACUUAUUGCUGAAGUUCUUCUCUAUUCCGAUGGAUUUAAGCAUGCCAAUGUAUUAGCCAGAAAGUUAGUUGCAUUAUUUAAUUUAAGUAAAGAACUUUUAACCACACAACAACAUUACGAUUGGGGUUUACGAGCGCUGAAAACUGUUUUGAAAGGCUGUGGAACAUUACUGCGAAAUGCUAGAGCAAAUAAACUUGAAAUUUCAUCGAAUUACGAAGCACAACUAGUUGUGCAAGCAGCUCGAAUCAACACUUUAUCGAAACUAACGUUUGGUGAUUCGAAACGGUUCGAUGGACUGUUACGAGAUAUAUUUCCUGGUGUUGAUCUACGUGAUAUUGAAUAUGAAAACCUUCGACAAGCUCUACAUGAAGUUUAUAAAGAACAUCAUCUGUUAGUCAGUGAUACUCAGAUUCGUAAAGCAUUGGAACUGUAUGAACAACUUCGUCAGCGUAUGGGUGUUGUUAUAGUUGGCCCAUCUGGUUCGGGGAAGUCAAUCCUAUGGAAAAUGCUUCAGCAUGCCAUGCAGAAAACGGAUCAAGUCGUACGAACGUAUGUGAUGAAUCCGAAAUCAAUGCCAAGAAUUCAAUUACUUGGACAUAUUGAUAUGGAUACGCGAGAAUGGUCGGAUGGAGUUUUAACAGCAGCGUCGCGGGCUGUUGUCAAAGAACCACUUGAGAUUCAGUCAUGGAUUGUUUGCGAUGGUGAUGUGGAUCCAGAAUGGGUUGAAUCGUUGAAUUCCGUGCUUGAUGAUAAUCGUCUGUUAACCAUGCCAUCUGGUGAACGUAUUCAAUUUGGACCUAAUGUGAAUUUUCUCUUUGAAACACACGAUUUAAGUUGUGCAUCUCCUGCAACUAUUUCUCGAAUGGGAAUGAUCUUUCUCAGUGAUGAAGAUACCGAUAUCAAAGCUGUUGUGAAAUCAUGGCUAGCAAAAGAACCGAGUGAAACUCGCUCGAAAACGGAACAAUUUAUCAAGCAGUAUUUCUUCGAUGCUUUUAAUUGGGUUGUCGAACAAGGUGAAUCAGUUGUUGAAACAACAUUAGUUGGAACAGUUUUGAAUGGUUUAUCACAUUUACAUGGUGUUCAAGACAAAGCACAGUUUACUUUGGGUUUAAUUCGUGGUUUAGGUGGAAAUUUGAAUGAAAGAACAAAGUCCGAUUUUGCUCGUGAAGUUUUUAACAUAACGGGUGAACAUCCACCCGAUUCCAACGAUCUAUUAUCAGUAAAAUAUGAUGAACGAUCGAAAAGUUUAGGAACAUAUCAUAACGACGAGAAAACGGAACUGAAUAUCGACAACUUCAACAAUGAAUAUGAUCUACCUGUUGUUCGAACAGCUGAUAUACAACGUCAUCUUGAUUCCUUCCUUCCGUGGCUUCAUAAUAAACAUCGAAAGCCUUUUCUUGUCGUUGGACCUGAUGGUUGUGGCAAAGGAACAUUACUCCGCUACUGUUUUCGUCAGUUACGCUCUACUCAAGUAGCAAUUCUACAUUGUAGCGCUCAAACAUCACCUAUUCAUGUAAUCCAAAAGUUGAAUCAAUCUUGCAUCCAAGUUUCGUCAACCAACGGUCGAACAUAUCGUCCAAAAGAUUGUGAAAAUCUGAUUUUAUAUGUCAAAGACAUCAAUCUUCCUAAAGUUGAUAAAUGGGGUACAAGUCAAUUGAUCGAAUUCUUUCAACAGAUUUUAACUUACAAUGGUUUCUACGAUGAAAAUCUUGAAUUUGUUAAUCUGGAAAACAUUCAAAUCGUCGGAAGUAUGAACCCAACGAACACACUUGGAAGACAUAAACUGUCCACACGCUUCACAUCGAUUGUUCGAAUCUGUUCAAUAAAUUAUCCCGAUGAAGAACAGUUGCAAAUCAUUUAUUCGAAUUAUUUACGAACGAUAUUUCAACACCAACUACCAAAUCAUCGAAUGUGGUCAUCCACUGGAAAAAUUCAACAAUUGGCCUUGUCAAUGAUUCAUUUGUAUAACGAAUUAAGAUCACGAUUUAGUCAAGAUGUUCACAGCCAUUAUUUGUUUACACCGAGAGAUUUAACGCGUUGGUGUUUAAGUUUAUUACGAUAUGAUCUAUCGUCGACGAAGAACGAUGCAACAGCGGAGAAUCUCUUGGAAAUCUGGGUGUAUGAAGCAUGUCGAUUAUUCAAAGAUCGAUUAGUUGGAAACGACGCACAAGAGAAAUUCGAUGAAAUUGUUGAUAAAAUUUUGAAAAAAGAUUGGUCAUCAAAUGCAAUCGCGUCGCUAAAAGAUGCGUUUUUUGCCUCUUGGCCAAACAAUAAUGGUAGGCGAACUCUCCCGCCUGCCGGUCGACUUUUGUCGCGUUUAUCAACGAAAGAAUUGAAACCAUUCGUCGAACGCGGUAUCGCACGUUACCGUGCUGAAUAUCGUGACACCGACGUCUUCCUAUUUCGUGAAAUUGCCGAUACGAUUGUUCGAUGUGAUCGCGUAUUGACAGCACCAGGUGGCUCGCUGCUAUUAGCCGGACGAAGUGGUGUAGGUCGUCACACAGCUAUCGGUGUAGUUGCAUCGAUGAAUAAUAUGAAACUAUUUUCACCAAAAGUUAGUCGAACCUAUGGAAUUAAGCAAUUCAAGAAUGACUUGAAAACGAUUCUGCAAAGUGCAGGUGUCGAAGGUGAACAAUGCAUUUUACUAAUUGAAGAUUAUCAAUUCAUUGAAUCCACAUUCGUCGAAUUGAUAAAUAGUCUACUAUCAGCUGGUGAAAUUCCGGGCUUAUACGCCCCCGAUGAGUUAGAAUCGAUUUUAUCUCCUUUACGUGAGGAAUCAUCUCAAGAAGGUUUUCGUGGUACAAUGGUUCAAUACUUCGCUCAAAGAGUGAAAACAAAUCUACAUGUCGUCUUGAUUAUGGAUUUCACGAGACCGACUUUUACUGUUGCUUGUCAAAGUAAUCCAGGUUUUUUUAAAGAAUGUGCUGUUCAGUGGUUGGAAGGUUGGUCAGAGAGAUCGAUGCUACGAAUUCCAUCGAUGGUCUUCGCCAAAGAACGUCCAGAUGAAAGUCUAAAAGGAGGAUUCACAGAAAAAAUCGAAUUAGAUGACGAAUUAUCCAAAGCAUUCUAUCUUAUUCAUAAAACAGUGGACAAAAAGUAUUUCACACCGAAACGAUUCUUAGUUCUAUUAGAAACCUAUCGACAAGUUUAUUUAACCAAACAACAUGCUGUUAGCAAACGACAACAACAUUUAAAAUCCGGCGUUUCGAAAUUAAGUGAAGCGAGAAAAGUUGUAGAUGAUCUGAAACGUAGUGCAGAAGUUAAGCAAAAAGAACUUGGAGUGAAGCAACAUGAAGCUGAUGAAGCGUUGAAACAAAUUACGAAGAGCAUGGCGGAUGCGGGUUCACAAAAAACUGAAAUGGAACAUUUAGCUGUGAAAGUCAGCGAAGAAACUGUUUUUAUCGAACAGCAAAAACGUGAGAUUGAUAAUGAAUUAGCCGAAACUCAGCCAUUGGUCGAUCAAGCGAAACAAGCAGUUGGUAGUCUACGUGCGGAAACUUUAGUGGAAAUUCGGUCACUUCGUGCACCACCUGAUGUCAUCAAAGAUAUCCUUGAAGGAGUUUUGAAAUUAAUGGGUGUACUCGAUACAUCGUGGACUUCGAUGAAAGCAUUUUUGGGUAAACGAGGUGUGAAAGAGGAUAUCAUGAAUUUUGAUCCUCGAAAUGUAACUGGGGAGAAUCGAGAAUCGGUGGAACAGCUAUUGAGAAAAAAGGCCGAUUCGUUUUCGCAAGAAACUGCGGCAAAAGCAUCGCAAGUCGCAGGCCCAUUGGCAGCAUGGGUGGUGGCGAAUGUGAAGUACUCGAGAGUCUUGGAACGUAUUCGCCCAUUAGAAGAAAAACAGAACAAAUUGAAGAAGAGUCUGGAAAAUUCGACAAGAAAAAUGGAUGAAUUAAGUUUCGAACUGAAACAAGUCGAUGCCAAAGUAGAAAAAUAUCGAACAACUUUCGAAAAAACAACCAAUGAAGCUCAACGAUUGAAAGUUGAUUUAGAAAAGGCAAAAGAAACCAUUGAAGCUGCUCAAAAUCUCGUUGGUAAACUUGAAGGAGAAUUCUAUCGCUGGUCCGCACAAGUCAACGAUCUAAAUGAACAACUAAAACACCUUCCGAAACUUUCACUAUUAUCAGCUGGCUUUAUUACAUAUUUGGCAAGUCAAUCUGAAGAUAAACGUGUUGAUUACAUGGAUAAAUGGAAAGAGAUUGUGAAGGUCGAUGAUAAAUUCGAUGUAAGAAAAUUUUUAUCAACUGAAAGUGAACAAUUAGUAUGGAAAAGUCAAGGUUUACCAUCGGAUGACUUAUCCAUGGAAAACGCUAUUGUUAUUCUUCGUUCUCAAUUAUGUCCGUUUCUUGUUGAUCCGUCAUCACGUGCGACAGAUUGGUUGAAAACACAUUUGAAAGAUAAAAAAGUCGAAGUGACCAAUCAACAGGAUAAUAAUUUCACAACUCAAUUAGAAUUGGCGGUACGAUUUGGAAAAACAUUGAUUGUGCAAGAAGUCGAUGGGGUCGAGCCGGUGCUUUAUCCAGUUUUAAGAAAAGAUUUAGCUUCACAAGGGCCAAGACACGUUGUACAGAUUGGAGAGAAGACGAUUGAUUAUAAUCCUGAUUUUCGAAUAUAUCUAACAACACGAAAUCCAACACCGGAAUUGUUACCUGAUAUGGAAGCAAUUAUUAAUGAAGUCAAUUUUACAACAACACGAGCUGGAUUAACUGGACAGUUAUUGGCCAUAGCCAUUCAACACGAAAAACCUGAAUUAGAAAUUCGUAAAACUGAAUUGCUUCGUAAGGAAGAAGAACUCAAGAUCGAAUUAGCAAAAUUAGAAGAUCAAUUACUCGAAGGUCUCGCCAAUGCAACUGGUAAUAUUCUUGAAAACAAAGAAUUAUUAGAAUCAUUAAACAAAGCAAAAGAAAAAUCAGCAACAAUAACCAGUUCUCUGGAAGAAUCAGUCACGCUUAGCGAAGAUCUUGACAAAGAACGUAACGAUUAUUUACCACUUGCUAAUCAUGGUAGCAAACUGUUUUUUGUCAUUUCUGAUCUAUCGAAAGUAAACAAUAUGUAUCAAUUCAGUUUAUCUGCAUUCCUACGUCUUUUUCAACGCAAUCUACAGCGAACUGAGAAAAGCGCCGAUGAGGGUCGAACAUUGGUUUUAGGAAAGAAUCAACUUCGUGCAGCGUACGCUUACAUUACUCGGUCGUUGUUUAAAGCUGAUCGUUUGAUGUUUGCAAUGCAUUUAGCACACGGAAUGUUUCCGAAAAAGAUUCCAGAAAAUGAAUGGGAACAUUUUAUUGGUAUAUCAGUCGCCGAUGUGAAAGAAAGUCGAUCGAUACCUUCAUGGGUUAAUGAAGAUCGUGCAUUUGAUGUUUCUGCAUUUAAAACAAACUUUUCUGAACUUUAUUCGAAUCUUCGAUUUGACGAUUCGUCAUGGUCGAAGUGGAAUUCAAUGAAUGAAUGCGAAUCAAGUUUUCCACAAGAUAAACGAAUGACAGCAUUUCAACAGUUAUUAGUUAUUCAAGCAUUUCGACCUGAUCGUUUAGAAAGUGCGAUGAGACAAUUUGCGCGUGGCUUAUUAGAUAUUCCUGAUGUCUCACCAGAAACAUUGAAUUUGAAAAAACUUUAUACGGAAGAAACCAUUGCAACUGAACCGAUUUUGAUCAUUAUCUCACCAGGUGCUGAUCCAUCAGCUGAGCUACGAGAUUUAGCAACAGAAAUUACCGGCAAAGAUCGAUAUUCUGAAAUUGCUAUGGGUCAAGGUCAAAUGCAAAUCGCUCUUGAUUUUCUCAAGAAAUGCUCUGCUCAAGGCACAUGGCUAUGUUUAAAAAAUCUUCAUUUAGUUACACCGUGGUUAACAACACUUGAAAAAGAAUUGAAUGCAUUGAAACCACACAAAGAUUUUCGUUUAUGGUUGACAUCAGAAAUUCAUCCAAAAUUUCCAACGAUACUCUUGCAAUCAAGUACCAAAAUUACAUACGAAGCACCACCGGGUUUAAAGAAAAAUCUUUUAAGAACAUUUGAGAAUUGGACACAAGAAGAAUUUGGAAGAGGAGGCGUGACACGUUCCCAAACACUUUUCGUUCUUGCUUGGUUUCAUGCCAUUGUACAAGAACGAAGAAAAUAUAUACCACAAGGUUGGACGAAAUUCUAUGAAUUUUCUCAAGCUGAUCUACGAGCCGGAUACGAAAUUAUUCAUCGAGUAUGUGAACGAGCUGCAAAACAAUCGGGUGGUGAAAUUCAAUGGGAUUAUAUUCAUGGCCUAUUUGAUCAAGCUGUUUACGGUGGUCGUGUUGAUAAUCCAAUUGAUACUGAUGUUUUACGAUCAUAUCUAAUGCAAGAUUUUAAUUCAUCGAUUAUCGGCGGAUCGAAAGGUUCGAAGUAUAAAUUAGCAUCAAAUAUUCAAUUGCCAAAUUCCGCUGAUUUAAAUGAAUACAAAAAACUGUGUGAAAAUUUGAAUGAUGAUCAAGAUGCACCAAGUUUAUUUGGGUUGCCAGCAAAUAUUGAACGAUCAGCACAGCAGAUGAACAGUGCUCAAAUUAUAAAUUCUCUAAAAAUUCUUCAACGUACUGAUGUAGAAAUUCAAAAGUUCGACAAAGAAAAAUGGAGUGCAUUGUUAUCACCAUUACUCAACUUAUGGAAGAAAUUAAAUCAAGAAAGUGAUGUACUCAAAUUAAGAGUUCAACCACCAACUGAAGAUGGAUCAUUAUCACCAAUUCAAUCAUUUUUGCAAUUAGAACGAUAUAACGGUAUUCAUUUAGUUCAGACAAUUCAUGAAAAUUUAGCAGCGUUAUCAAAAGUUAUCCGAGGAAUUAAUUUGAUUACUAAUGAAAUUCAAGAUUAUGCUAAAGAUCUACUUCAAAAUGAGACGCCUCAGACAUGGCAAAAUCGUUGGGAAGGUCCAACAGAUCCGACACAAUAUUUACGUGCUAUUGUAUCAAAGGCCAAAGCUAUUCAGCAACUAACUUCAUCAGGAAAAGAUCGAGACAUUUUUUCACAAACAAUAAAUCUUUCCGAUCUGUUUCAUCCCGAUACAUUUCUCAAUGCAUUGAGACAGCAGACAGCAAGAGAAACGAGACAACCUAUGGAUGCAUUAGUUUUGAAUACAUCCUGGUCUGGAGAAGUCAAACAAGGAAAAAAUGUCUCAGUCAAAAUCAGUGGAUUGCAACUAGAAGGAUGUUCAUUUGACGGCGGACGAAUUAGUGAAAAUGCACCAAAUUCACCAAGUAUUUCAGCCGUUCCACCUUGUUAUAUUGCUUGGGUAUCACAAGAUAACGCGCAACAAGAAUCCAAUGAAAUCAUUUCUCUACCAGUUUACUUUAGUUCUACUCGUGAUCGAAUUAUUACACGUUUAAAUGUUCCAUGUGGAAAUGAAAAAGAUAAGUGGCUUCAAUCUGGCGCCGCUCUUUUUCUCAAAAAUUUUUAA